AUGGGCUUUGAAAUCAAAAGAUUUCAAGGUGACGUUGACGAAGAACUUAUUUGCCCCAUUUGUUCAGGAGUUCUAGAAGAACCUUUACAGGCACCUGCUUGUGAACAUGCGUUUUGCCGUGCCUGCAUCACUGAAUGGAUAAGUCGUCAACCAACUUGCCCAGUAGAUCGACAGGCUGUCACAGCAAGUCAAUUAAGACCCGUUCCAAGAAUUCUACGUAACCUGCUUUCAAGACUAUGCACUAGCUGUGAUAAUGCUCCACAUGGUUGUAGUGCUGUUUUAAAACUGGAUUCCCUUGGAUCACACUUAGUAGAAUGUGAAUUUAAUCCAAAGAGGCCUAUGCCCUGCGAGGCAGGGUGUGGACUGGUGAUCCCAAAAGAUGAACUGGCUGACCACAAUUGUGUGCGAGAACUACGUGCCCUAAUUGCCUCACAACAAGGAAAGCUCACAGACUACCAACAAGAACUUGCUGAACAAAGACUUAUUAUUAAUGAACACAAGCGAGAACUGGCUCUACUUAAGGAAUUUAUGCGAGCUAUGCGGGUAUCAAAUCCAACAAUGAGAGCACUUGCCGACCAGAUGGAACGGGAGGAAGUUGUCCGUUGGGCCAAUUCUCUGACUAGAGCACGAGUAACUCGAUGGGGAGGCAUGAUCUCUACACCCGAUGACGUCCUGCAGGUGAUGAUGAUAAAAAGAAGUUUAUCUGAGACAGGAUGUCCCCCUCAUAUAAUUGAUGAUCUGAUGGAAAAUUGCCAUGAACGCAGAUGGCCACCUGGUCUCUCUUCUUUAGAAACUAGACAAAACAAUAGAAGGUUGUAUGAAAAAUAUGUCUGCAAAAGAGUGCCUGGGAAGCAAGCUGUGCUUGUAUUACAUUGUGAUAACACCCAUGUUGAUGAACACAUGAUGGUUGAGCCAGGACUUGUGAUGAUCUUUGCUCAUGGAAUAGAAUAG